AUGGCGGCGCAAAACAUACAGCCUAUGCCUGCUUUUGAACCAAGGAGUGAUCCUACAAGUACUAGUGCGAGAUGGACACGAUGGCUGGAGAGAUUCAACACAUAUUUGCUUGCAGCAGAUAUUAAAGACGAUGCGAGAAAGCGAGCUUUAUUAUUGUAUCAGGCGGGGCCCGAAGUACACGAAAUUUUCAAGACUCUAGAAGAGGGCGAAACCAAAGAUUUUAAGUCAGCAGUGAAAGAGUAUUUUGAACCAGAGAAAAAUGUGAUAUAUCGCACCUAUGUUUUUAGACAAGCGACACAAGGCAAAGAGGAAUCAAUCGACGAAUUUCAUACGCGUUUACGAGGCUUGGCAAAAUACUGCGAAUUUACAAACAUAGAUUUUGAAAUUAAGAUGCAGAUUGUUACGAACGGCACUUCUUCAAGAUUACGAAAGAAAGCACUACAAGACCCAAAAUAUAGUUUUGCAAACAUGUUAAUAGAUGGACGAAAAUACGAAACUAGUUCAGCUCAAGCCGUUGGGAUCGAAGAACAAUUCAAAACAAGGGAAAAUAUAAAUGCAACGGCUAUGGCAACGCCCACUGAGAAAAAGUGUUAUUACUGCGGUUUCAAGUAUCCACACGACAAUCAACCGUGCCCAGCGAAGUCUGCUAUUUGUAACCACUGCGGAAUAAAGGGACACUUCGCUAAAGUAUGUCGAACACGAGGAUAA